UGCUCUCAAACUGUCAGGAAAUGCGUUGUGUUGCUUUUGGAAGGGUCAGAACUACGUCAUGUAUCACGAACCCUAGCGCUGGCACGUGAUUACGCACUCGUGCUGUCACGGUGAUCGCCCAAUGACGGAGCCGCUUAUGCAGGGACAAAGUUAACCGCACUUGUCGCUUUCAUAACAAACCACCUUGCUCCCCUUCUCUUACCGCCUGGGCACCAUACGACAACAGACACGAUCGGACCGAGCACAAUGACCCGCAACAUCUGCAUCACGGCCACCGAUGGCCACACCGGCUUCCUCAUCGCCGAGCUCAUCCUCACGGACAACAACUUCAAGAACAAGAUCGACUCCCUGAGUGUCUUGUCGCUUCAUCCUACGUCCGCCCGAGCCAAAGAGCUUGGUCAGAUGGGUGCAAAGGUCAUCCCACACAAGCCCGGCCGCGAGCGCGAGAUGGUCAAGACGCUCAAGGACUCCGGCUGUGACACGAUCUGCGUCAUCCCGCCGGCUCAUCAGGACAAAUUCGACAUUGCAGCUGAGCUCAUCACCGCGACGAAGAAAGCUGGUGUUCCCAACGUUCUCUUCAUCAGCUCUGCCGGUGCCGACGUCGCCGAGCGCAACAAGCAGCCUCGUCUCCGCGAGUUCAUCGACCUCGAGUGUAUGGCGCUUGCCCAGAAGGGCGACAAGAGCACGCCGACCGGGCACUCACCAUGCAUCAUCCGCGCCGGAUUCUACGCCGAGAACCUGCUUCUCUAUGCCCCGCAGGCCCAGAAGGAAGGCAUACUGCCCAUCCCGAUUGGCACCGAGCACCUCAUGGCCCCGGUCGCGCUCGGCGAUGUCGCGCAGCUCGCUGCUCAUGUCCUCACCGGCCAAGGCAAGAACGGCUUCGACGACCGUCACCGCGGCCAGCUUAUGAUUCUCACCGGCCCGAAGCUGUGCUCCGGCAGCGAGCUUGCGACUGCAGCUUCGCAAUCCCUUGGCGUCGACAUGCAGUUCGAAGACAUCUCCGAAGCCGAAGCGAGGAAGGUCCUCAAGGCGCAGAGCGACAGCGAUCCCAGCGAGCUGGAGUAUCUGCUUGAGUACUACAGCCUGGUGAGGGAGGGCAAGACCAACUACAUCUCCACGACUGCUUUCGUCAACGUCACGGGCAAUCAUCCACAGGAGCCGGAGGACUUCUUCAAGGUGUACGCUGAAUCCUUCAAGCCGAAGGGCGGCGCCGAUGGGCAUGCCGCGAAGAAGAGGAAGAUAUGAGGGCGCUAUAGCGCGGACGGAUGGCAUUGCGGUUCUGU